UUCUCUGCAUUUGUCUGGUUGUGCUUCGUGUUUCAAGUGCACUGCGGAAGAUAUUGAUAAAAAUUUGUACAAUUGGUGUACUAAUUGAGAAAAUGUGUAUAUGAAAUUGAAAAUUGCAAUUGUGCGUCAUUUAAAUCAAAAGUGAAGUGAUAAAGUGUAGCUUGGGAAAUGUGUGGGACCUUUUAUACUGCGUUUGAGAUAGCAGAGAUAGCAGUAACAGCAGCAGGCAAAAUAAAAGCAGAGAUUUAUGUUCGCAACAGUGAACGUCGCUGCCUAUAAUUACUAAAGGCAUUGUUUUUGGAGGGGAGGUGGGGUAUACGUCGCCGGAACUUGCAGCACUAGCACUUCCUUAAAUGCAACAACAACAGAGGAAGCAGCUAAAAUGGAAUGCUCCCAAAUUGAUUUAUAUGAGUUUCUAACAGAAGCAGAAUUGCAACAUUAUUAUAAUGCAAUCAAAAAUGAACUGAAAAUUACAAAUGCUGCCCACGUCAAAUAUGCGACUGACGAAGACCUCAAGCACAUUGGACUGUCUCGCCCAGAAAUACGUCGUCUGCGCAAAUACUACGAGAAGCACUUUCCACAUGGCUAUCUGAGUAAAAUAAAGCGCUUACUACAAGCGCCGGCCACAAUCGUCAAGCGUGACGCCGGCGAUGGCAGUACAACACUUUCAAAUGCAUCAUUGCAUAGCGCAGCGGAGUCGCCUUCUACAGCGCGCACCGCCAACUCACCCAGCAAGGCACCAAAUAACAAGCAUAUAAUACCAGCCGAUUCUAUAACGGUGAAUAAACAACUGGGCACUGGCGAAUUUGGCAUUGUACAACAGGGCGUGUGGACCAAUGGCACGGAAAGGAUUCAAGUUGCCAUUAAAUGCUUGUGCCGCGAGCGUAUGCAAUCGAACCCUAUGGAGUUUCUGAAGGAGGCCGCCAUAAUGCACUCUAUUGAGCAUGAAAAUAUUGUGCGUUUGUAUGGUGUUGUUUUGGCCACAGACUCUUUGAUGCUGGUUACAGAGUUGGCGCAUUUGCGUUCUUUAUUGGAAUGCCUAAAAGAUCCCGGUUUGCGCAUAAACUUUCUUACAAUUCCAACGCUUUGCGAAUUCGCCAUGCAAAUCUGCAACGGUAUGCGUUACUUGGAAAAUAAGCGUCUUAUACACAGAGACCUCGCUGCGCGCAACAUAUUGGUUUUCAGCAAAGAUAAGGUUAAAAUUUCCGAUUUCGGACUGUCACGAGCUUUGGGUGUAGGCAAAGACUAUUACAAGACAAAUUUUAAUGUCAACCUAAAACUUCCUAUUGCCUGGUGUGCACCCGAGUGCAUCAACUAUUUGCGCUUCACCAACGCCUCAGAUGUUUGGGCUUAUGGUGUUUGCCUCUGGGAAAUGUUUUCCUAUGGAUUUCAACCCUGGGCUGCACUUACCGGGUUGCAGAUACUUGAAGCUAUAGAUGCACCAAACUAUCAGCGCCUCGAGCAACCUGACUGCUGUCCGCAGGAAUAUUACACGCUCAUGGUAAAAUGUUGGCAAGAUGACCCCGUAAAACGUCCAAAGUUCACGGAAAUCUACGAGCUACUGCCCGAUAUGAAGCCCGAGCAGUUGAAAGCGGUUGUGCAUUGUUUGGAGCCCAAGAAGGAUCAUUUAUUGUAUCGACAAGGCGAUAUCAUAACAGUACUUGACCGCAACACGGGCACACCGUUUUGGAAGGGCGUACUUACAUCGGGGAAGACGGGAUUCUUCAACCCCUCAAAUACCGUUGCCUAUUUAGAAGGUUUACCCACUGCUAACCGGGAUUCAUUUUGUCGCACCAGUGAACGCAUUAGCAAACGCAAAUUACGCACAGAAAUGAUAUCAAAGCCGCAGAAUGAUUUCAAACACACCGGACAUGUAGGCAUCGAUGGCGACUCAUUCGGCGAUAUAGCAUUUCUUGGCAAUUCGCAAAAUUACAAUCACGUGCCACGGCAAAUAGUUACACCUUAUAAGCCAUCGGAAGAUAUCGAGCAAACACCACUUUUACUGCCACCGACACCAACCAGUCCCGAUUCCUUACAAACUGCCAGUGGUUAUUUCCCCGAAGAGGGCCAUGGCACCUCAAUGAACCCCACAUUCAUCUCCUCAACGGAAAACACACCCAAGCAUUUCAAUACUGGCAAUGGUGGACAGUCAUCGUUCGAAUUUCCCGGCCAACAGUCACUCAGCAAGUCCUUCAAUCCAUUUACCCAUAAGGGUGACGAUGAAGUUAUGCGUAGUGGUGGCACACUCGCUAUGCAAAACAACAAUUACGGUCUAGAUAGUCAAGGCUUCCAAGGAGACGUAGCUGCGGGUAGUUCGCAGCAAUGGCGUGACGCCGGCAAGAACGGCGGCAGUAGUGAGGAUCCGCACGAAUACCAUGAAAUUUCCGAUGACGAAAUGACUGCUGACAAAUUAGACUUCGGACCGUCACUGCUGGAUGAAAUCAACUCGAUGUUUGGCUCCAUGAGCGCCAGCACAAGUGCGGCCGCAUCGAAAUCGUCCGAUUUUGAGCACACAAACAAAAAGAACGAAUUCGCCGAAAUCACUUCGAAAUUGGUGGGUAAAAGUGGUGAUAGUAACAGCAGCAAGUUCGGCACAUCCUCGAAAAAGAAGUCAUCGGGCACUGUCAAACCCAUAUCGGUGAAAGAUGAGCGCAUUUUGAAUCAAGCGAUCGAAAUCGCUAACGAAAUCAGCGCGAGGUCCAUGAAUGAUCUAGUUUGCGACCAAUCGUCCAAUACACAAAGUCCAAAACGUAAAUUUAGUUUCCGAUUUCCGCAUUUAACGAGUAGCGGCAGUAAUGCCAGUGACAAGGCGUCUGGCGGUAAUUCCUCGCCGACAGGGGGCAGCGCGAAUGCAAACGCAGCAGGACAAAAGUCCUUAUCGCCGUAUUCGAAGAAGAAAAAUUUCACUGAACAACUGGAGAGCAUACCCGAUUUACAGCGAUUUCGCUCCUUAAGUGAAAUCAAGAAUGUUAACGGUCCCGAUUUGCGCAUACCAAUUUUCGAUAAAGAAAGUUCCGAUUUUUGUUUUGAAAAAUCGCGUGAAAUAUUAAGUCGUCCAUUAAGUUUAGAUCCACCGCCGUCCCUAACUCAAAGCUCCACAUCGCCCUCUUCCGCACUCGAUUCGCAAUCGCAUCGUUCUGUGCGAAAUCAAAAAAGUAUCAGCGAGAACAUUAUGGAUAUCGAGAAUACGUUGAAGGCGCUUAAUUUGGAUUUCAUGCACACCUACACGGAAUUGGACAAAACCGACUCGGAUGAGACCUUGCUAAACGAACAGUUCUCCAAUAUCGUAUCGUCGAUCGAGGAUGAAAUCAGUAGCGCCACCGGCAGUCUCAAAUCCGCUAUCUACAAUUACAGCAAUGGCGUACAGACGAUGUUCGAUUUCAAUGCCGCGACCAGUCAUUUGGACAAGCACUUGCAAUAUAUCAAUACACAGAGCCAUGCGCAGGCGCAGUCGGCACUAGGUGAUCUAAUGCAGGACCAGAAAAUGGCCGAAGACAAACGCUCCAGCACACCCGACACGGGGUUUGCCUCGCGUGACACGAACAUCUCGCUUUCGCGACGAAGCAGCCAAAAAUCAAAUUACAGUCCACAGGAAAACUACUACAGUCCCAAAGAAACAGCGACGUUGGGCCCUAGCGGCAGUAGCAACAGCUAUAUGACGCAUAGGGAUGAUAGCCUGCAGCUCGCAACAGAACGCUUCAGCGCCACGAAAUAUGGCAACUGCGUUUCACCAAAUAAAACGUCUGCUCUGAAUGCGAGCAAUACUUCGGUGUACUCCAGCAAUCAGCUUAAGAGCAGUGCUUGCGCUUUGGCCAUUAUCGAUGCCGAACAAUAUAAAGAGAGUGGUCACCGUCAGCGCUCCAUGUCUUUCACCGACAAUCCAAUGAACCCCAUCUCGCCGGUGCUGUCCGAACCACAGCAGCGCUUGAAACGCCGCUCUACGCACUCGGCUAUGGAGAAUCGCACUUCACACAAACCGCAUGUGCGCAGCGCUUCAUCUUAUAAACCGCGUUCCAUACGCGCACGCACAUUGCGCCGUCUCAGCUACAAUCCCAUCAUAUUGGACUCGAGCUCAUCAAGCGACGAUGACCCAAUAAGCGAUUGCAAUCCCAGUAUUGCGCGUUCGGAGUGCGACAUACGCGCGCGUGUCUCCUCACUCUAUCGACGCCGCCGACCAGCAAGCGGUGGCAGUGUGGCUGGCAAUGGUGUAGCACACAAAUUGCUGACUCCCGGCUGGCAGGACGAUGACGCGACGGAGUUGACCACGGUAUCACAGAAGAAGUUGUACGGUUCAAAUGUAAGCAUAAAGUCGGCGCCGCACUACAAUUACGGUGCGCGCGGCAUGUCGCACCAUUACAGUCGUCAGCUGGAGGAACAAUUUGCCUACGAAGACCGUAUUUAUGACUUUGGCGGUGGGCGCGGACCGGGUAAUAAUUAUAGCGGUAGUGUAGCGCCCACUAUGGGAGGUCUAACAAGAGGCAUGGACAUGAAUGGUAGCAGUGGUCGCGUUGGCAAUAGCGUAGUUGGUAUGGGUUUGGGUGGUGGCGGUGGCUCCGGUUCCGGUUCAUCCUCGGCUACAUCAUCGGCGCCACCAUACAAUAGCGGCGCCCCUAUCACCAGCAUGGGAAGCGCUGGUGAACGUAGUUUCAGCGCGCUCAGCGGCAUCAGUGCGCGUAACGCAGUCUUCCAUGAAUUCGAUGUCAGUCGUUUGACCGGCAAAAGUCCCACUUCCAACUUCGCCAAUUCGUCGCCGGAGGAGCGUAACCGCGCACAUCCCUCGCCGCCCAAGUCCUUGCCGCUGCCGCCGUUACCGCUGUUGAAUACGGCAGCGCCAGCUGCAGGACCUGGCAUCGCAACGUCACUGCAGAAAAGUUUAGGCAGCGCUAAGCAGCAAAUGGAAUUCCACUGGCCGGAGAAGAUACAUGCGUCAACGGUGAAGCAGAAUGAGUUGCUCUGGCGACAACAGCAGCAGCAGCAACAACAACGGCCACAAAGCAAAACGUCUGCCAAACAUCAAUCGCACAACGCGUUCUUGGGCAGCAUGCGCGUGAGCAGCGCGACUGCCGGCGUUGCACUGGGCGGCGCCGGUGGCAUCCCCGGCGAAGCGUCCUACACGAGCGACAGUUCUUCCAGCGAUAGCGAGGAGUUCGCUUUUCGCACCGAGUUCAUACCUCACGUACCACCAAGCCCAGCUCCAUAACUAAGAAAAAUGCUGAGAUAUUUUUUUAAUUUACUUUUUGGCAAUGUGUUGGACGAGCAGCAUUAAGCCGAAGAAGUGUUGAGAAUUGAAAGUACAGUAAUGUGAAGAAUUGAAUUAGUUAUAAGCAAUAUAAUACAUAUUCAAAGCAGUAUUUUAUUGUUGUACAAAAACAAAAGUAUCAAAAGUAUAUGUUCUAAAGCAACGAAAACGCUACUUGUUGCAACAGCAGAAAAUUGUUGAAAGCCCUCAAGCAUAAGUAUGUAUAUAAUUAAAUGUUACAUUGCAGCGACCGCUGUUAACCCUGUCACCUGGGACCGGUCUCAAUCGUUGCUUUCAGAAUUAUAAGCACUCGUUGGGCAUGUAUGUUGUUGGCAGGGCCCCGAGAUUAUACAAAUCUUAUAUGAUGUUGAAGGGAGAAUAUAUACAAAUACGUAUAUUUUCAUUUGUGCAGAAGGCAAAGGCUUGUAAUGGCAGCCGCAGCGGCUCCUGGUCCGUCACUGCGAAGCUUGCUGUUUGAUUUUGGGAAUUGUUGCCGAAAUGUUUAUUGAUAAAAUAUCAACAGCAGCGCAGAUAAUUCUUAACAUAGGGAGUGCCUUAUCGAAAGUAAUUAUUUUCUGCAUCAAACGCACCCACACACACAUACACUCACACAUUUUUGCGCAGUAUUUUUGUUUAAUUGACAUCUCGUACGAUUUUCCACAACUUCCGCAGCUCAAAUUCUGAUCAAAUAAUACAAACAUACAUACGUGCAACGUGCAACAAUAAGUCAUGAAAUUGCGAAUUUAUGUCAUCGUCACCCAUUAAUAAUAUUACAUACAUACAUGCAUACAUAAAUGUGAAAUGUUCCCUAAUGCAAAAACAACUACAAUGCAGACUUGCAGACUUUUUACGCGCAACAAUCAAUAGCUUAACGGAUUUUUUACAAAUCAUAUUUUUUACAAUUUAUAAAUUUGUUUACCAAAAACAAGAAGCGACAGCGAAGCUUCAUAAAAACAAUAAUCUUUAAACUGCGAAUAAAAUAAACAUGUUAUUGCAAGCAUAAACACAUUGAGAAUUGAGCGGAAAAUAACUGCUAAGGAAUAAAAAAGUGGUUCCUCAAAAAAAAUAAAAAAAAUAAAAAAGAGUUUAUAGUUGUUGAGCAAAAUCUCCAUAUUGAUGGUUAACUUUUCCGAAAAAAUUUUCAAUUAAUAAAUAUAUUGAUAUAUUGUCAUUCCAAAGCGUAGUCAAUUUAUAGCAUUAGGCAACUCUGCGCUCUCUUAUGACUACUUCGUUUCGUCAAUACAGUGAGGCUGAAGUCAAAAGGCAAAAUAUUCAUCUUUAAUCUUACUUGUACUAAAUAUUGGAUAGUCGAAAAAGUCUUUUGGUAAAAAAAUAAGUUAAAUUUUGCUAAGAAAUACGAAAAUACUUUCUCGACUACCAAUAUUUGUUGUAUGUAUGUAUAACAGUUUAAAAGCAGGCGAAAAUAGUUUUUUUUACCGAUAUCCGGCUGAAAUGCUCAAUAUAAUAGGUUACCAGAGCUAAAAGUAAAUUUUAAUCUUGAAACUUUAACUUGCUAAGUAAUUGUGAGUGCGAACAAUUCUAUUGACUUAGGGUAACUGACAGCAACAAAAACAUUCUGAAAUGAUUUCUCUCUUUCUUAUUCGAAGAAAUUAAUGAAAAAUGAAGAAAUUUACUUGGAAUUUAUAUAUACUAUCUCUUACUGAAACAUUUUGCUAAUAAACGCGUGACUCAUGUGAGGUUAAACUGCCUUAUACCCGAAGUUGUGAGAUAAAUUCUUUAUCCGGAAACACAAAAGUUGUCUUUUCUAGUAUUUUAGCCGCUGUAAAAGCUAUAUGUUUGACUACCACUGUAAUAAUUUGAGUCUAUUACUAGCGAAACUUUGAGAAUUAAAGAACAACUUAAUUAGAAAUAAAUGCUGAGCUUUGAAAUUUGAAUUCAUGGAUACAUUGGAGGAUUAUACACGUAUCAUCGAACUGCUUCAUAACAAUGACGGAAAAUCCAGUUAAACAAAAAUCAAAAUAAACUAAAUAAUUAGUACUUAACCAAAAAGUGUUUGAUGUUGAGAAAAGCUCAUGAGUUCAAAGGUUUUACAAAAAUAAAUAACCAAAUACAAAAAUACAUCUACAUACAUAUGUAUAUAGCAGAUAAUACUAAGAUCUCUCUGAUUUUAUUGCUAGUGAACUUGUUUGUGCAACCGCCUUAAACACACAAACUGAUCCUCAUUUCAAUAAACAAAAAUAAUUUUAGCAUCAAUUUUUAAUUUGUGACUUUACAGGCACUCAAAACUAUGUAUUCGAGCUCAGCAGCAUUAAGAGAUACUAAUAUGCUGGCCCCUCGAAAUAAUUUAUAAAAACCCUCUCAUGCAAUGAAAUUCCUGUAUUUUCGCAAUUUAUUUCCGAUAUUCAAAAACCCAUUCUCAAUAUGUAUCUCUUAUAACCUGAAUUCCCAGCCACUUCGACAAUACCUUUUCAAAAAUUUUCGUUCGAUUUCUGAUCUUUGCUGAUGAUGGAUCUAAGAUCUUGAUGAUCCUUUUCCUAUGUUUUGGUUUUCGCUUGAUUUAAUGCGUUCUGUACAGUUAAAAGAAAAGAAAUUUUCAGAUUUUUGUCGGAGAACACUUUUAAAUUUUUUGAUUCGAAAAUUUUAACCCUUAAGAUGGGUUAAUCGAAAAAAAAAUCGAUUUUUGACCACAAUUACGAUCUUAAAUUGUUAAAUUAAAAGUUGAGAGCUAGUCUACCGGCUGCUUCUGCGGUAGAGUACGCAUGUAUUCAAUUUGUCGCUCACCAUAUACUUAUAUCCAUUGAACUCAGCUGUCAUUUGCAUACUUUUUCGUUACGGAAUGACCGUACCCAUUUUGACGCCGCUAUAAUGCCGGUUGAUCCAGAGAACAUAAAACAAUGAGAAGGUGCAGAUUCGAAAGCGAACAUUUGUAAAUUUUUUUAUGAUCGUUUUGCCUCCUCCUCAACAUUAUUUUUACACACUAAUUAAUAUAUUACUUGACUUCUUGACUUGAUUUCUACAGCUUUCAACUUAGUGCUGCAAUUCUCAAUUGUCGAAUCCUUUAAAAAAUGUUACGCUCUGAAAAUUACGAGUGCCUGUAAAGGAGAUACAAAAUACUUUUUAGCAUAGCCAAACGUUUUUAAUCGCUUUUAUCGCCUCUCCAAGCAACGACCUGACGGCAUUUUACAUUAACGCAUUUUUACAACAACAAAAAUACAUUUUAACGUGCUUAAUAUUCCAUAUUUACUGGCUCUUAAAUCUAGAAGGUAUAAUAUUUUUCUAAAAUCAGUUUCUCUACUAAAGUAGACACUUAAUACACUUAUGCUAGACACUAUAUACCAGUCCACAAAUACAGUUAAACCGUUACAUAUAAGAAUUGAUCUCUUGACAGCUUAGCGUUUUUUAGCGUAGCAAUGAAAUGUUAAACGCUCGCAAUAAUCGCAAUAUUGAUAAGGCGAGAUUAUUUGCAGCAAAGCAUUAAUUAAUUACAUACAUACAUAUAUAGUAUAGGUGGCAGUAUGUGCUUGCAUACAUAUCUCUCCACAUUUGCUCGUAUUAUAUACUAUUAUAUCCUUAGGUAUACAACAUUUGUCGACAUCAUCAGCGGAAAUUUAAAUUGAUGUUAUAAUUACAUACAUACAUACAUUUAUAUUAUAUGCUAUAUUAUGCUCUAUUUUAUUGUACCAUAUAUAUAUUCGCGAACAUAUAUAGACAUUAGUACGAUGAUUACUUCAAAUAUGGGGUAUAUGUAAAAUCAUCCUUGUAUGUACAUAUAAAUUUAUAAUGUAUGGUCAAUGCCAUUUAUUAUACGAGUAUUCUCAUUUGCCCUUGACCUUUCUUCAUGCAUACUUAUCAGCAUAUUUAUUUGAAAAAUCCCGUUUUGCGGUUGAUUCAAAAUUCUAGUUAAUAAUUAUGAAGCAACACACUCCAUUUACAUAUAAAUAUAUUUAAUCUUAUAAGUAUACUUAUGUAUGUGUACAAAUGUACAUGUACUCGAAUCUUGGUUUCUUGGCGACAAAAAUUAAAGCAAAAAAAAAAAAAAUUCAAAAAA